CUUUCGGCCGCCGGAGGAAAUGACGGACAGUGUUGUCCGAUGGACCAGCAGCAUCCGCCGGAGUUGUCAAUACAGAACACGUGUUUUCAACCGGUGAUCAAACUUCGUACAUACAACUAAAACAUGCCGAAGGCGGGGAAAGGUAAACCAACUCAGAAGGAGAAGGUGUGUCAUCCCUAUAGCAGGAAAGCUGCUUACUUGGCCAGCCAGGAGAUACGUCUGGGAAAGAAGGAGAGACAAAAGAGUGAGAAGGCCACUCGUCUCAACAGCAUUGGUGAUAAGCUGCAGUGGUUUCAGAGCCAGCUGGACUCUGAGAAGACAGAGUUCACCAAACAGGACGCCUGUCACAUUAUAGAGAGGUACCUGCAGAGGUUUGACGGGGAGUUGGACCAGAUAGAGCUGGUGAACGGGAUCAAAGGUCGUCAGGGUCGUCUCCAUGGCAGCAGGGAGACCGUCAUCAAACAGACUGUAGAGAGAGAGACCGCUUUGUACCAUGGCAACGGCUUCGAGAUUCCAGACAUCAUUAACUCUAAACAUCUCAAGACCUUCAGGGAGUGGAGCGGCGAUCUAAAGAAGCUUCCCAACAUCAAGAUGAGGAAGUUCUCUUCCCGAGGGACGGGCAGAACAGGAGGAGGAGAGGAGGAGGAGGGGACCGCUGCAGGAGAGGAGGAGGAGGAGACCGCUGCUGGAGAGGAGGAGGAGGGGACCGCUGCAGGAGAGGAGGAGGAGGCCUUAAUGAAGGACUCAGAUUCAGACGCCCAGGAAGAUGCCCCAUAAUGCUUUGCAUGUUAGAACUCUGGGGAUGUCAGCCAUCCUACCUGACUGGGGUUAAGACAACCUGUUUGUGUGUGUGUGUGUGUGUGUGUGUGUGUGUGUGUGUGUGUCCCAAUACAGACAUCUAAUAAACCUAAAUACAGACCGAUA